AUGCCUGGUUUCCUCAUGAGCUCAGACCGCGUGCUAGGAAGUGGGGCAGUGAUAAGGAAGGAUAUGAAAGCUGUUCUCACUUUUGAGAAAGACUCAGACACAUGUUUGCUGGCAAAACUGACUUUUAUAUGGGCUGGGUCUCGGGCUCUGCAGAUUGAAAAGUUGCAGCAUGAGCUCGAGGGUGAAAAGCAGACCAUCAAUGAUCUCCAGAGCUUCAGUGAGGAGCUAUUCGAAGAAAAAGAAGAGAUGCGCUCUGACAUGCAGAUGCUGAGAGCGGACAGCAUGAGGCAGAUCCAGGUUCUUGAAAAAGAAAAAGACCUUCUCAAUCAAUCAAUGCUGUUGCUGCAGGUGGCAUCACUGGGCGGCAGUGAGGCCUACACAAAGGACAUUGAGGAAGAGAACAAACUCCUCCAGCUGACAGUUACAGACACCAGCCGCAAACUGAAUGCAGGAGAGGGUGAAACAAGUAGAGGAGCUGGAGAAGAAGCUGCACUGCGGCUGGAGAAGGAGAACAAGAAGCUGGCCCAGGAGUUCUCCUCCCUGACAAUGACGACCACCGAGAAUAUGGAUGCUCUGGAGCGUGAGAACCAGGACCUCAGGCUGAAGAACCAGGAGCUGUCCAAGUCUGUGGACACCCUGCAGAUCAUGUCAGUGCAGCUCGAGGGGCUGGAGCAGGACAACCUAAAGCUGCGCAGGAUGGUGAAGACCAUGAGCAUCACAAGGGCCAAUAUGGCUCAGAUUGAGAUGCAGAACCAGGAGCUUGAGCAGGAGGAGGAGGACCUGAAGGCCCUGAGCAGGAAGUGGGAGAGCCUGGAGCUCAGCCCCCAGAGCGUGAGUGCUGAGAAUAUGCAGCUGCGGCAGACUCUGGACAGCAGCAGCCAAAAGGCACAGGCCCUGCAGCAAGAGCUCCGGGAGCUGCAGGCAGAAAACCUGGCCCAGCAACAGGACCUGGAGGCCCAGCAGCUGGCCAACAAGCAGCUAGAGUGCUCCGAGGACAACAAGGCCCUGGCGCUGGAGGUGGCCUGGCUGGAGAAAGACAAGAAGCUGCUGGAAGAGGCGGGGAAGCAGCCACAGCAGCAGGUGGAGCUGGAGGAUGCGAUCCUGGAUGAUAGAGCCGCCAAGCUGUCCAUAGCUCUGGACCAGGAGAUGGCGCACUGCAAGGAUGUGGCCACCGAGCUUAAGGAGCUGGAGAAGAACAACAGACACUUCACCAAGGAAGUCACCACUCACAUGAAGAGGCUGAGGACCCUGAGAGUGGACCUGGUGCUGGAGAAGGUGAAGAGCGAGCAGCUGAACACUAAGCUGGACAAACUGAGCCAGGAGUUGGAGACGAGGGGCCGCCGCCAGGAGCUGCCGCUGCAGGACAAUAGCAGCCACAGCAACGCGCACAAGGACGUGCUGAAGCCUCAGGUGGAGCAGGGGGAGAUGGAGACGGUCUUGAACACUGAGUGUGGGGCUCAGCAGCAGGAGCAGAGAACAGAUGCCAUUGCCGAGAGUGAAAACCAGAGGCUGCGGGAUGAGCUAGACAGGGCCAAUUUCCUGCACCAUCUGUGGAAGGGGGACCGCGAGGAGCUGAACACCGACAUCAGGAAGUUGGAAAACUCACUGCACUACUCGCAGCUGCAGCUGUGCCACCUGCAGGCCCAGUUCAACCAGCUGAAGGAGCAGCACCAGAGCUUGGACAAUCACAGUGAGACUGUGUGA